AUGACCCUGCACCUGUUGUAGUGCCUUUGAGCAGCAGCAGGAUGACGUCCAACACCCAGGUGAACACCAUGGAACACCUGCCCAGUGGUCUGAGGGUCUGCUGCACCAUCCCUGAUGUCUUCUACCUGCCCGAACUGGUGUUUGGUGGUCUGGUGUGGGUUCUGGUGGCAUGUACACAGGUGGUCCCAGAGAACCCCCAAGGUUGGGUGAUGAUGGUUUCUGUCUUCUGCUUCGUCUUCACCUUCCUGUGGAUGAUGAUGUUUACUUGUGGAUGUCAUUCCAACAAGAGCAGCUGGGCGACAGCAGACUUUUUGUAUCAUCUCAUCGCCACCGUCUUCUACCUCAGUGCCUCUGUGGCCUUGGCCAAGGUCACGCUGGACAUGAGGGACAAUGGCCGCCUGCAGGACUACCAGCUGGACAUCUCAGCCGUGGUCUUCUCAUACGCCACAACGCUGCUCUACUUGGUGCACACCAUCUUGUCAGCCGUCCGAUGGAAGUCCUUCUAGAAUCUUCCAACCUGGGGGGGGGGUUCUGGGUUGUCCUAACUUUCUAAACUGGGUAAAUUAA